AUGGUCUUUCUCACUAGGCAACUGACGUCGUACAACACACCGCGUGCCGUGCGACGCGACAUCAUGUCAGCACCCGAGACAGCCAGCCCUGGUCCCGAACCCACACCGCGCGCAUACACGGGCAUCAGCAACCCGGUCCUGUCCCUGAGCAGCAAGGUUUCACUUCAGAAGGGCCUGCGGAGCCACCAGACGCCGCGCAUUCGCGCCCGUCCGUCACAAUCCGCCGUGUCUGAAAUGCCCCGCGUGGCGCGACAUGGUUUGCCGUCCAAGGGCGCCGCUCCGUUCUUGCUCCAAAACGCCGGUGAUGCAUGCUAG